AUGAAUGAAGAUUGCUCGAGGGAAGGAGAAGAAGACCUGUCGGAAUGCGGGCCGUAUGAAGUUUGCAACAAGGUGGACACGUACUCCACACCGUGGGUGGAAAGACAAUGUCGAUGCCCGGGGUCGAACCAGUGUUCCCUGGCUAUAGGUCCCUACGACGGACACACCAUCACCGACCGCAACCAACUCCUCAAGAUAUGUGAGAAGGUGUCGGAGCUGCCGAAAUGCAGGUACUUCCGAGACAUUACGUGGACGGUGGAGUUAUCACGGCGGAAUGCGACGGCGCAGACUCUUCACUGCAGAUGCCCCAAAGGUUCUCAUGCCUACAUCCUCAAACGGGAGGGAGACGUCUAUGCCUUCGCCUGCUCCCCACAGAGUAGGCUGGGAUGCGAGAGGAAGCAGCCAUGUCGGCUAUUCAGUGUGAAGAAAAGAGAGACGGUGGAGGAAGUGAGCACAAAUACUAUCUGUCGAUGUUCAGGACCAAUGACUUGUCCCAAACAUCAUUCUAACCAGGGAGUCCUGGCAGGGAAAACCUAUUCCCGGGAGGGUAUCCGCACGUUCCUGGGAUAUUGCCUCUGAAUCACUAGCCACUUCAUGGACUUAGGAAAAACCCCUCCCAUAUCGAGUGACUAGAUGAAUGUCUUGUUGGGACUACAGGUGGGCGAAUCGCAAGUCAAAUUAUUGCCCCUUGACAUCAGAAAAACUUCCAAAAGUGAUUCAAUCUAAAAACAUAAACCACAUAUAAAGAAUGAAUUUAAAUGAUAUCAAUGACAUGAUCCUAAUCACUAUCAAGAAGAAUCAUAGUCAAACUCUUUAGAGCACAAAAAUGCUCUUGUUUUGAUGAAAGCUGAUUCCCUGCAUGUUUUGCACAUGCUCUGAUUUCUAAUCACCAAGGGCAAAACACUUUUUCGAUUUAUAUAUUGGACUGAUUUGAAGAAUAAAUGAUUCAAAUGAAACCUUAGGAUUUGAUUUAAGUCAGAAUUGAAUCAUUUGAUAAUUUCAAUUUACCCACCUCUAGUUCCUACUAAUGAAUUUCAUAUGAUGUCCACAUCGCCAUAUGGUCCCAAUUGAUUCUGACC